AGUACUUAAUUCUAUAUGUCCCAAACGAUUCCACUUUUCUCACCAUCUCAAUCUCCCAGAAGAAAAAAAAAAAUGGAUUCUUUUUCAUAUUCAUCGAUGAAAUCCAUGGUGAUUCAAGCUCGAGGCUCGUUAAACUCGCGUUUGUCUGAGUUUGAGCCUCUGCUUCUGCUCUUGGCUCCGCUUCUCACUCUUUUUCUCGCUCAGAUCAUCGGAUCUGUCUUUGGCGUUGUUCACGAUAAAGGAUUGAAAGCGUGUCUUGUUGGGUUUAUCAUGGGAUUCCUCAAAAUGAUUCCUGGAGUUCAGAAUUACAUAGAUGCUGAGAAACAGAAGGUUGUUGAUCAAUUACAAUCUGGUAGCAGCUCCAAGAAAAAGAAUCGGGCUGAAGUAUUGCCUGUAAAAGGUCUAGGAGUUGAAGUUCUUGAGAAAAUGGAGAUUGAAAAGAGGAAUGACGCUAUUUGGCAAGGAAAAUGCUCUGGCACUGUAUACAUAGGUGGAGGCGAGUCUGAAGGACAUUUUGCAUUGAUAAAUCAAGCAUGUUCAAUGUUUGCGCAUACCAAUCCUUUGCAUAUUGAUGUAUUCCAGAGUGUGGUGCGGUUUGAGUCAGAAGUAGUCGCAAUGACUGCUGCGUUACUAGGCAGUAAAGAAACAGUUUCAGGAGGACAAAUAUGCGGAAACAUGACAUCUGGAGGAACAGAAAGUAUUGUGUUAGCAGUAAAGUCAUCUCGUGACUAUAUGAAGUACAAGAAGGGAAUCACACGGCCAGAAAUGAUUAUACCUGAAUCGGGUCAUUCGGCUUAUGAUAAGGCGGCCCAGUACUUUAACAUCAAGUUGUGGCGAGUUCCAGUAGACAAAGAAUUCAGAGCUGAUGUGAAGGCAAUAAGGCGGCAUAUUAACAGAAACACCAUCAUGAUUGUUGGGUCAGCACCAGGAUUCCCUCAUGGCAUAAUCGAUCCUAUUGAGGAGCUUGGUCAACUGGCUCUUAGCUAUGGAAUAUGCUUUCAUGUUGACCUUUGUCUUGGUGGUUUUGUGUUACCUUUCGCUCGGAAACUUGGGUACCAGAUCCCAGCUUUUGAUUUUUCUGUACAAGGAGUUACUUCAAUUUCGGUGGACGUGCAUAAAUAUGGUUUAGCUCCUAAAGGAACUAGUACAGUUCUCUACAGAAAUCAUGAGAUCAGAAAGCACCAAUUUGUUGCUGUAACUGAAUGGUCAGGAGGUCUAUACGUGUCUCCAACUAUAGCUGGGAGUAGGCCUGGUUCUCUGGUUGCUGGUGCUUGGGCUGCAAUGAUGUCUCUCGGCGAGGAAGGCUAUCUACAAAACACUAGCAAGAUAAUGGAAGCAUCAAAGAGACUAGAAGAAGGAGUAAGAGAAAUCCAUGAACUGUUCGUCAUUGGAAAGCCAGAUAUGACAAUUGUGGCGUUUGGUUCUAAGGCAUUAGAUAUCUUUGAAGUUAAUGACAUCAUGUCUUCAAAAGGUUGGCAUUUGAACGCACUACAGAGACCCAACAGCAUUCAUAUUUGUAUAACUCUUCAGCACGUCCCUGUAGUCGAUGACUUCCUCCGGGAUCUGCGUGAAGCUGUAGAAACUGUGAAAGCAAACCCGGGACCGAUCACUGGAGGCUUGGCCCCAAUAUAUGGAGCUGCAGGGAAGAUGCCGGACCGAGGUAUGGUGAAUGAGCUUCUGGUUAGUUUCAUGGACAGUCAAUAUUAAGCUUUUUUAGAAAGGUCAAACCAUCAUCGAAUGGGUGAACUGAUUUCACAUUUUCUUUAAGUCCUAAGAGCAAAACUUUGUACAUCCCACAACCACAUUGUUCCAUUUUCGCCCUACUAAUGAAAUCUUAUCACUAUCUCGAUAGUAA